AUGAAAUUGCAACUAUUUCUUAAAGGAUUUGGAGGAGAUUACACCCAUGCCUACGCUCGAGCUACUGCAGUAGCACGUGAAGCAAUUACCAAUAUUCGUACUGUUGCAGCAUUUGGUGCUGAAAAGCGGAUAUCACUUCAGUUUGCCUGCGAACUCAACCAACCAAACAAGCAAACACUUCUGCGUGGCCACAUAUCAGGUUUUGGGUAUGGUGUAUCACAGCUCUUUGCAUUUUGUUCUUAUGCUCUUGGCCUUUGGUAUGCGUCGAUUUUGAUCAAGCAUCAUAAUUCAAACUUCGGAGACAUGAUCAAGUCCUUCAUGGUUUUAAUAGUCACAGCACUGGCAGUGGCAGAAACACUUGCUCUUGCACCUGACAUUGUAAAGGGAUCACAAGCACUUGGGUCGAUUUUUUAUAUUCUCCAUAGGAAAACGGCCAUAAACCCUGACAAUCCCACUGCAAAAGUGGUAACGGAUAUCAAGGGAGAUAUAGAGUUCUGGAAUGUGAGUUUUAAGUAUCCCACGAGGCCUGAUAUCGCCAUUUUGGAUGAAUUAAAGCUAAAAAUUUCAGCAGGAAAGAGUCUGGCAGUAGUGGGCCAAAGUGGAUCAGGGAAGAGUACUGUGAUUGCACUGGUGAUGAGAUUUUAUGACCCUACGUCAGGCACAGUUCUGAUUGAUGGAUUUGAUAUUAAGAGCUUGAACUUAAAAUCUUUGAGGCUGAAAAUAGGUCUAGUGCAGCAAGAGCCCGCAUUGUUCUCUACUACAAUUUAUGAAAACAUUAAGUACGGGAAUGGAGAGGCAUCAGAAAUUGAGAUAAUGAAGGCUGCGAAAGCUGCAAAUGCUCAUGGUUUCAUUAGCAGAAUGCCUGAAGGGUACCAAACUCAGGUGGGUGACAGGGGAGUGCAGUUAUCGGGUGGACAAAAACAAAGGGUAGCGAUUGCUAGAGCAAUACUGAAAGACCCAUCAAUUCUUCUUUUGGAUGAAGCAACGAGUGCUUUGGACACUGUUUCCGAAAAGCAAGUUCAAGAAGCUCUUGAUAAGCUUAGGGAAGGCAGAACAACAAUUUUGAUAGCACAUAGAUUGUCAACCAUACGUGAUGCGGACAGUAUUGCCGUGUUACAACGUGGGAAGGUGGUUGAAAGUGGUAGCCAUCACCAGCUUAUUAGCAAUCCUGGGAGUAUCUACAAACAACUAGUUAGUCUACAACAGGAAACAAACAUACAAGUCCAUAAUCAAGAGAGCUUGACAAUUGAGGAUCAAAAUUUGUAA